AUGAACCCAGAUCCGGUCUUCAGUUUCGAACUGCAAGCCAUCGCGACAGACCAACAGUAUCGCAACAUCACAGCCCUAGCUCGCGCCGUUCAAACGAGGGUCUUCGGCAACCGUCAUCCCAGCUUCGCCCCCUCGCCCCUGCUUCAAUGUGUCCGAUUUAUGCUCAUCAAAGCCAAGGUGCCGGACUUCAUGUACUCCGACGAAACCAAAGUUGUGAUGGACUUCUUCUUUGACCCGACAAUUUUCAGAAAUGUAGAGCCUCCGCCUGUCGAUGCAGUCGUCUACAAGUACCCCACAGGACGUCUCAAGGUUGCUAUAGUUGGUGGAGGUCCCACGGCUCUGGCAUCAGCCAUUUCGCUCGCCGAAAAGGGUGCUGGCAAGAUACAAGUUCAUGUAUAUGAAAGGCGCUGGGUGGUCAUGACAGGCCUAAACGGCCAAACCCGUUAUCUCCUCAACGCCAGUGACUUCGAUGGUCGCGGGUACCUCAACAUGCAGCUCACCGAGGAGGAAUGGCACAAGAUGUUGGCUAUGGAUGGUCAACCUGUCACUUUUGGAUAUCCAGGAUGUCUUCGACGGCCGGAUGGGACGAUCCCGCCUGGCUUUAACGACAACCAAGUUUUCGCGCCGUCGGAGAAUAGAGGAGGUUCACUGUGGAGGUCUAUAUCGGAUGGAUUGAAGCUUUUCGGCUUUAAGGAGAGCGAGGUCAUCAACGUCGUGCGCAUCCCGAUUGUGGUGCAAGCUGUGCGCGAAGGCAUCCAGUACCUCCCGCCAUCAGAUUCGGCUUCUAUCAACCGGCCUCAUGCCCUUGUCGCGGUCGCUGGGGACGCUGCUAUGACGGUACACUUUUGGCCAGGGCGUGGUCUCAACAGUGGUGUUAAAUCUGGCAUCGCUCUCGGAGACGAAAUCGUUCACGCCCUCAAUGCUGGCAAAUUCGUCGGUCUACCUCUGACGGCAAUGCAGCAAUACAACGACUUCAUCAUGAAACUUCAGGAUCGUGAGCACGACAAACGCAGCAUCCCCAUCCUCAACCAGUCAGGAACGCCAGAAACGCUUGGAUGGCUCUUGAGCAAGGCGAAUACAGUUCCCGACAACGUUGCCAUAGAAUGGUUGGUCGGGGCCAUGUCCCAGAUUGCGGAACGUCUGGAGCAACGAGGAGAUUGGGCAUUUCAGCCAGUUGCCAAUGUUGAGCCACAGCUUCGAAUCGUUCUUCGACAACUUGACUCUGAGACAUUGAGGGAGAUGGCAGUCAGCUUCCCGUGGCCGACGAGGGAGAUGGGCGGCGCUGAGGUCCUGCCCCUUCGUUCGAUGAAGCCCGAAGAGAAGCAAAGGUGGCUCCAACAACUCUGGGGGCUGCUGCGGGAUGAAGCUCCGAAGAAGCCUGCGUCGCGCGGCGAUCAGGGUCGUGCUUCUCGAUUCGAGGCACCUCGCGGGGCUGCCCUUCUUCCUCCGCGGGCAACCUCGCCGUCUCCGCAAUUCCUUACCCCGGACUCGGGAAACCCCACUCCGAAUCGGUCCGAGUCGACAUUGCGCCGGAGCAAUGCGAGCCGGGCCAUGUACUCACCGCGUAUCGGCGAUGGCCUCGACAGCCUGGACACUCCCUCCAUGAUCGUUAAUCUCGAUCUUAUGGAAUCCAACAUCAAAAAGCUAUUCGACAAUUUUCUGCCUACCGGUCGCAAAGUACGGCCUCAUCUGAAGACCACGAAAAGCGCUGUUCUUGCCCGCAAGCUGGUGGCCGCUGGCGCAACAGGCUGCUGUGUGGCGAAAGUUUCCGAGGCAGAGGCUAUUACUGCGGCCGGUUUCGAUGACAUCCUCAUCACUUGCGAAAUCAUCGGUGCUCCCAAAGUCAAGAGGCUUGUCGAGCUGUUCCGGAAACAUAGGGACAUCAGGAUUGUCGUGGACAGCGAAGUUGGUGCAACCGCAAUAAAUGACGCCCUGGCCCAAUCUGGCAUCGAUCAGCCGAUAACUACUCUGAUUGAUCUCGACGUGGGACUGCACCGAACCGGAGUCGCCCCUGGAGAACCGGCUUUGGCUCUCGCGAAGCACAUUGCGACGCUGCCGCAUCUGCGGUUGAUUGGUGUCCAGGGCUACGAGGGUCAUCUUCAACACCUUCACGACCGUGAAGACCGCAAGAAACAGUGCCUUGAGUCGAUGAAGACGCUGGUCGACACGGCAGAGCAACUGCGAAAAGAGGGUUUCACUAUCGACGUUGUCACCACUGGAGGAACAGGAACUGGAGAGUUCUGUGCCCAGGUGCCCGGUGUAACCGAACUGCAGCCCGGCUCUUUCAUUUUCAUGGACACAGAUUAUCGAAACGCAGUUGGCACAUUUUACUCGAACAGUCUUACCCUUUUGGCGACGGUAGUUAGCAAACAGGGCGAACGUCAGGUCACGAUCGAUACGGGCCUCAAAUCCUUGACAACAGACAGCGGACUGGCAGAGUGCAAGGAUCCCAGGUACAGACAUGCGAACCUUGGUGAUGAGCACGGCUCAUUGACCUGGGACGAGGGAACGCCGGCGCUUAAUGUGGGAGAUCGGGUUGAGAUGAUUCCCAGCCACAUCGAUCCGACGAUCAACCUUCACGAUUUCUACUAUGCGCAUAGAAAUGGGGUUAUUGAAGAGAUUUGGACUGUGGACUCAAGAGGAAAGGUCCAAUAG